AUGGCGGUGUGGCUGUGGUGUGUGCAGGUGCUAAUGGUUCCAUAUGUUCUGCUCAUGUUGAGCAACUGUAGAGAUGAUCUGGUGAAUAAGUGUGGUCGAUGUGUGCUGAGGCGGUGUGCUGUGUGUGCGCAGGUGGCUUGUGGUUUCGCACACCCUGCGCCUGGAAGACGUCGGAGCGCAAAUCAUGGAGGUGCGAGGCUCUCGGAACGCUCAUUCUGCGGCAAGGUGCAGAGCAACGACUUCGGCAACUACAGCUGCGUCGCCGACAACAACCUGGGCAAGGCCCGACAGCACUUGCAGCUCUCGGGAGUGCCCAACACGGCGGAGUUUGGCAGCAACCCCCUGGGCCGCUACACCGAGCGCUACAACCUCACGUGGUCCGUGGUGAGCUUCUCGCCCAUCGAGGAGUUCAAGCUCAUGUACCGCAAGCUGCCCCGCCAACCCCCGCACGGGGAGAAGCUGCAGUCCCAGCCGCAGAGCAACCCCAAGAGGGCGGGACGGAAGCGCGUGCGCUUGCUGUUAAGGGCACGAGACCGGUUCUUGUGGCGCUGGGGAUAUAUGUCAGUUGCUCUGUCGCUGAUUUUGAAUGAUCGCCUAGUUGUAUUGAGUGGCUGUGCUGUGUGCGGUUGCUGUAAGCGCUUGCGCUUUGCUGUUAAGCGACAACGAGACGUCGUGGCGCUGGGCUAUACAUAGUUGCCCUACUCCGCGAUCUCACCUGAACCCGAGGUGCUGGCAGAGCCCGAAGUGCGCGACAUGGAGGUGAUCGCCCAGGGCAAAGUGGGCGGGGUCAACGGGGCGGCCACCGCCUCCGCAGCCGCCCCCGCCGCCGCGCUGCUCGCCCUCGCCCUCGCCACCGCCUCCACCCUCCUGCUGCUCCCCACCGCCGCCGCCACCACCGCCUCCGCCGCCACGCUGUUCGGCGCCAGGUGAGCAGGUGAGUCACACAACUGAUAUUUAUACCACGAGAGAUACCACGAGAUAUCUGGAAAUUAUCGAUAAACCCCCGACUCACGGACAAGGAGGGGAUUAAUCUGAGGUUUUCCAAAUCACAAGUGGUAUUCAAUUAUUCGAUUAUUCCACGAAUUAAAU